CUGAUUCCUGGUGUCGGGAAUUGCUGGAGUCGACUCCCAGAUGGAACCGAAUCGAUUCCACUAGAGCAGACGGUCCCGACAGUGAAGAAUCGACUCCUUAUGGAAUCGACUCCCUGAUAUAGAAUACGCUACAACGGAGCAGCAGUGAUUGAGGAGGGUGACGGUUUUUGUUUUGCUCUCUUAGUAAUAGUAAAUGGUGGAUAUUGAUGAAGAAUAUUUUAUAAAAGAGGUAUCCAGUUCUGUGCCAUGUCUUUGGAGAGCACGUCAGACCUGGUUAACGAGAACACGUGUGUACCCUCCUCACUGAGCCUUGAUCUGCGCUGCCCACACAGUGCUCUACUGGACACAGAGCUACACCUAAAAGGCAAAGCUAAAGGCUCGUCCACUUCUUCUUCCAAGAGCCGCCAUAUCUACGCCAGCACCACCUCCUCACAGCUCCUCACCGGCAUCAUGGGUGGCCGGGAUGAUGAUGUUUCUCACCGUGAGGAAGAGCGGGCAAGGAAUCAAGAAAACGAGCAAGGUCACUCCAUCUCUGGGAGCAACGCCAAGUGGAUGAAGGAAGGUCAGAACCAGCUGCGCAAAGUCGCAGAGCAGCAGCAGGACCUCAACAGAAAUCCAGACCAGAACCUGAACCUGACGGAAAAUGAGAACGAGAGUCCAGACGUGAACCCAAACCAGAACCGCAUGAUUGAGGAGCAAGAGCAUGAUGUGGAGAACAAUAAGAACCUGAAGGUACUCUGCUCCGACGUAGACAUCAGGAACACUGCCAAUGAACCUCUACUGAUCGAUACCUCUGAGGUUCCCAAGAGCAAGGAGCAAGAGGAAGAAGAGGAGGAGGACGAGGAGGAAGAAAGCCUACCUGCCAGUGGUGGAGAGAAAGACACAGAUUCCUCUGAGGCUCAGAGCAGCAGCGAGUCGAGGAAAAGCGGUGAAGGCGGGAGCAAGAACAGAUGUUUACUGUUCGGCAAGAAUGGCGUUCCCAGUGAUGAGGACUCCAGCUGUAUGUCUCUGUCUCAGGGGAGCACGGCCACCAGCACUCCUGAUGGAGAUACAGAGUCUUACUGGGACCGCAGUGCAUUUGAGACAGACACAGACCUGCCAGCUGGGUGGAUGAGGGUGCGGGACACUUCUGGCACCUACUACUGGCACAUUCCAACAGGCACCACGCAGUGGGAGCCGCCGUCUCCAAUGGAAGAGGGCGCAGUGCCAGAGAGACCAUCCAGCACCUCCCCUGCAAUUACACCCUCUGAGGAACCACAGAUUACAUGGAAUGGUGUACCUCGUCAAAACAGAUUCAAUGAUGACUUGUGGAAGGAGGAGGAUGUAACUUCUGAUCAGAGUCUAAAGGAAUUUGAAGGGGCUACUCUGCGCUACGCCUCCAUCAAUCUCAGCUGUACUCAGUCAGAGGGAGAAGAGAAACCAAGUUCGUACAGCACUGAUGGAGAGGCCAAGUGUUUUGCCGUGCGAUCUCUGGGCUGGGUGGAGAUAUCAGAGGAAGAGAUGGCACCUGGCAAGAGCAGCAUUGCUGUCAAUAACUGCAUCAGGCAGCUCUCCUACCACAAACACAACUUGCACGACACAGCCGGCAUCUGGGGAGAGGGUAAGGACAUGCUUCUGGUGCUGGAGAACGAGAUGCUAAAUCUGAUCGAUCCUCUGGGACAGACGCUUCUCCACUCACAGCCUAUAGUCAGCAUCCGCGUGUGGGGCGUCGGCAGGGACAACGGCAGGGACUUUGCCUACGUGGCUCGAGACAAGCUAACCCAUGUUCUAAAGUGUCACGUGUUCCGGUGCGACACUCCUGCCAAGAACAUUGCCACCAGCAUGCAUGACAUCUGUUCUAAGAUUAUGGCACAGAGGAAGUCCUCAAAAUCAAGUCUAAACAGACUCAACAUUGAUCCGUCCAAACUAGUGGACAUCCCAGUUCAGGAGUUCCCAGCACCAAAGAAUGAGCUGGUCCAGCGUUUCCAGGUGCGCUACCUUGGUAAUGUACCGGUGGCAAAACCAGUAGGCAUGGAUAUUGUUAAUUCUGCCUUGGAGACUGCACUUGCCUCUAGAGACAAAGCAGAUUGGAGCCCUGUGACUGUGAAUGUGGCCUCUGCUACUCUUACUAUUCUUAUUUCAGAUACUGAGGAGGUUCUGUCGGAGUGUCGCGUACGCUUCCUGUCAUUCAUGGGCGUGGGGAAAGAUGUACAUACUUUUGCCUUCAUCAUGGCCGAAGGCCCUGGAGAUUUUAUCUGCCACAUGUUCUGGUGUGAGCCCAAUGCUGCCAGUCUGAGCGAGGCCGUGCAGGCUGCAUGCAUGCUGAGGUAUCAGAAGUGUCUGGACGCCAGGCCCCCCAGCAGUAUCUCGUGUUUGCCUGGCCCUCCCGCAGACUCUGUUGCUCGCAGGGUGGGCUCCAGUGUCAAGAAGGGCGUGCAAAGCCUGCUGGGAACAUUCAAGAGAUCUGGAGCCCAGACACCAUGAGAAAAUGAGUUCUCCCCACAGUGGCUCUCAUUCUCCACCUCCCUCCUCACCCCAGUUUGUCCUCCACCUGUCAGCUGUAGAUCUCAAUCAAGCGUGGAACACACAUUUCAUUUCUCCUGGCCUCUUCUGAUGAGCUCAGGUUUCCCUGCAUUUCUGUGUCAUGCGUUGUAUGAAUGUACGAUCAAGACAUGAUUUAGAAAGAAAAGAAAUCUACUACAAAAUGUAAUUGUUACACAAUAAUUACGUCAACACUAUUUCACACUUUGGUCUAGCUAGAUAGUAUUGCAUCUCAUUACUGAUUCUUCAGCAAUGUCCUUUUUUGGGUUUGAAAGUGAUCAAGCAUAUGCAAUGUCUGUCACCUUAAAAACUGGACCAAAAUUGUCAUCACAAUGUACACAAAGUGCAUAAUGCGUUCAUGUCUUAGAAAUAACGCGUAACUGCACGUGCGUUUUAAAAACACUAAAACUAGUACCAAGCAACAUCACUACAGUUAAUGUAAUGUGCUAUAUGUACUGUAACACUGCUGUUGCCGCAGAUUUUUAAAUAUUGAAAACAAAUGACAGUAAGUAUGUUAAAAUAGAAUGGAUGGAUCUUCUAAGGUUGUGUGCAUAUUUUCCAUUAACAGGACACACUGUGCGUGUGUAGCGUGUAGUUAGGAUGCUUUCACACUAGAUGUUUUUUUUUUUUUUCUUUCCCUAAACUGCACACGUUUUGCACGUAACCCUAUGGGAAGCAGCAACAAAGUGCACGGCUUUUAAAAAGCUUUGCAGCCAGCGUUUUUUUGGUCACAGAGGAGCACUUUCAACACAGAGUGCCAUGAAACCUCUCAACUAAUCAGAUCGCGAGUUGAGGGGUAAGCAAGAAAUGAAAAAAAUUUUGAAAUCUGUCUGGUUAGUGAACCAGUAUAUAGAGAUUUAGAACAGAAAUUACUCACUAGUUGCUGCACGCACCAAAGUCACACAAGUAGCUCCUCUUCUUGUGAUUUUUUUUGCCACCAAAAUCACAGCAAACAAUCAACCUCCUCAUCGUUAUAGUUAAACAAAUCUUUAUUUAAUCUUAAAUGCUGACAAUUAUCAUUCAAAUCUAGAUGGCAAGCUUGUCUAGUUAGUUAUCCGAGUUAUCGAUAGGACUGGUAAGAGUGUUGUGGUUAUAGUGUGCACAAAAAGUGCACCAGCCAGUGAUUUUUCCUGUUUAAAAAAAAAAAAAAAAAUGGCAAAGUGUGAAAGCACCCUUAGCGUGUACGGUUAGCAUUAUCACACAACAACAGCUAGACUAUAAAUCUACACAGAACAAGACUGUAUUCUAUAAAUCUACGCUGUAUAUGACACAUCUGACCACAUGUUGAUGUGACCUUAUCAGUGCAUUAUAAGUUUAUUAUUUACACGUUUUGAUGGUUUUGUCUGACUGGAAUUAUUUAAACAGAUUAUUUAUAUACUCUAAAAUAGCGUUACUGUAUCAUAGUCUUCCAAAAGGAACCGGCUCAGCGAAGAGCCCCUGGAUAUUUCACUAGCUUAAAUGGGCAUUAGUGAUGGAAUUUUUUGUAGGAUUUUUUAAAGGAUUUUAAGUUGUGUUAGUAGAAUGUUAUGUUUAAUUUCCCUGCUGGGUGGGAAUUCUGUUUUUUAGACUUGUGAGGUCUCACCACUAUGUGGUAUUCUUCUUUUUUUUUUUUUUUUUUUUUUUUUUUUUUUUUGGAAAAGCAGUGACUCUCAUGUUUCUGAAUGUGUAAGUCUGCCUUCACCGGGUUAGCGAGGUCUGAUCUGGAGUCGAAAUGAUAUAUAAAAAUGCUUUAAUCAUGCAGUGUAGGUGUAGGCAUAGUGACGUACAGGUAGAGGGCACUCUCUGCUUUCCAUUGGUCUUGUCCGAUAAUGUCAGGCUCAUUUCUCACAUGGUUUCUUUGUGACUCGUGUGUAUUUAAGAACAAAAAAAAAAAUCUGAAAUUUCUCAUGUACACUUGAAAGAACUGUGUGUCACUGAUUUAUCAUGUGUAUAUAUAGGUUAUACACUGAUGUUUUUCCCCCUCUCAUGCACCUUGUAAUAUAAUUCACCAUGACUUGCCUCGCUGUUUGGCUCUAAAACCAGUAACAGCCAUUCACAAACAUCACAUCCUACGAUUACUCACUGAAUGUUAUUGUGUAUAUAAACUAAUAUAGUGAUAGUAGCAGAAUGCACCCAUAACCAGUAGCACAUUUCUCUGAAUGCUAACAGGUUGUGUGAACUGUACUUCACCUACAGAUGCUCUUUUUUCACUGUUCAGUUGGCUUGUGAAUAAGCCUUAGCUUUUAGCUCAGCUGCUAAAGAAUGAAUGUUGUGUGAAAGGAAGUGGAGUUCUGUCAUUCUUUUUUUUUUUUUUUUUUUUUUUU